CGGGCGGCGCGGGCCGUGCACUCGGGGGCUCUCCGCGCGGGUUCGGGCCCGCAGCAUGGCGCGGCCGGACGGCGAGGAGGGCACGGCGGGCGCGCCGUCCAAGGGCUUCCUGCCGGUGCCCGCGGCCGCGGAGAGCACCGGGGCCGCCCCGGGCGGGGGGGGGGAGGAGGAGGGGGAGGAGGCGCGGCGCGGGGCGCGGGACGGGGACCCCCCGGAGGAGGAGCCGGGCGCGCGGCUGCUGCCGGGCCCGGGCGGGGAGACCCCGCGCGCCUCGGGGCCGAGGACGGCGCUGUCGCGGCGCCGCUUCGCCGUGCUGCUGGUGUUCAGCCUGUACUCGCUGGUGAACGCCUUCCAGUGGAUCCAGUACAGCAUCAUCAGCAACGUGUUCGAGGGCUUCUACGGCGUGUCGCUGCUGCACGUGGACUGGCUGUCCAUGGUCUACAUGCUGGCCUACGUGCCGCUCGUGCUGCCCGCCACCUGGCUGCUGUCCGCGCGCGGCCUGCGGCUCAGCGCGCUGCUCGGCUCCGGCCUCAACUGCCUGGGCGCCUGGGUCAAGUGCGCCAGCGUGCGGCCGCAGGGCUUCUGGGUCACCAUGCUGGGCCAGGGCCUCUGCUCCGUGGCCCAGGUCUUCAUCCUCGGCCUGCCCUCCCGCCUGGCCUCCGUGUGGUUCGGGCCCAAGGAGGUGUCCACGGCCUGCGCCACCGCCGUGCUGGGCAACCAGCUCGGAACCGCAGUUGGCUUUUUGCUGCCCCCAGUCCUGGUGCCUAACACCCAGAAUGACACAGCGCUUCUGGCCCACAACAUCAGCAUCAUGUUUUACGGAACUUCAGGCGUCUCCACCCUUUUAUUUAUGUUGACCAUAAUUGCCUUCAAGGACAAGCCGAAGCACCCCCCCAGCCAGUCGCAGGCCGCCCUGCAGGACAGCCCCCCCGAGGACUUCUCCUACCGGCGUUCCAUCAGGAACCUCUUCAGAAACGUCCCUUUCGUCCUCCUGCUGGUCACCUAUGGAAUCAUGACUGGAGCUUUCUACUCCGUCUCCACACUGCUGAACCAGAUGAUACUGACAUAUUACCAGGGAGAAGAGGUGAAUGCAGGCAGGAUCGGGCUGACGCUGGUGGUGGCCGGGAUGGUGGGCUCCAUCCUCUGCGGCUUGUGGCUGGACUACACCAAGACAUACAAACAGACCACCCUGAUCGUGUACGUCCUGUCAUUUGUUGGGAUGGCUGUCUUCACCUUCACCCUGGACCUGGGUUACAUCGUCGUCGUGUUUGUGACCGGAGGCGUGUUGGGCUUCUUCAUGACCGGCUACCUCCCGCUGGGCUUCGAGUUUGCCGUGGAGAUCACCUACCCUGAGCCCGAGGGCACCUCCUCUGGCCUGCUGAACGCCGCCGCCCAGAUCUUUGGCAUCUUGUUCACUCUGGCCCAAGGAAAGCUCACGUCAGACUACAGCCCCAAGGCAGGAAACCUUUUCCUGUGUGUGUGGAUGUUUCUAGGCAUCAUCCUCACAGCGCUGAUCAAGUCUGACCUGAGGAGACACAAUGUAAACAUAGGCGUCGCCAACGGGGACGUGAAGGCGGUGCCGGCCGACAGUCCCACGGAGCGAGAGGCCGGGAGCAGGCUGAUGGGCCCGCAGCUGGAGUCGGCCAUCUGACGCUGCUACCGACCGGGACAGUGCGGGACAGUGCGGGACCUCUCCGCUUCACUCUUCACGGAGCUCCGCUGUGCCUCGGACCCAGCCGCCCCUCACGACACCCGGCUCUGUGCCCGCUGCCCUUCCCCUCCUCAGGCGUAGCCCGUCAGAAGAUGCCGUUCCCAGGUCCCGUGU